AAACACGGUAUAAAGUGAUAGACUCCUCGCGAGGACAGCUAAUCAUGGUGAACGGCUACACGUUCUCCAAAGCGAACAGAAUUUCCCACACGUGGGCUUGCUCCAGCAAGUCCGGGAGGCAAUGCAAGGCUCGGUUGAGGGUGAACAAGUACAACCAACUCCUGGGCAUCAUGCUGAAGCACACUCACCCACCCCCGCGGUAUUAUAUCGACGCAGAUGGGACUUAUACAUCGAGUGUAAACUGAUAAAGACCGGCCGGGGUAUCCUGGCGAUGGUGCAAGACUACACGUUCAUCAGGAUCAACCGGCGUUCCAACAUCUGGACCUGCUCCAACCGGCAGAGCACCCAGUGCCGAGCCAAGAUCAGGGUUCACGAUGAGACGGAAUCGCUCCUGGAAUACCACCCGGACCAUAACCACCCGCCGCCCAAGUACCACAUCAAUAAGCAGGGACUUUAUUGCAAAGCAUGGAUUCCAGAAAAAAAUCUUGGCACUGACGACGACCCUUAUUUCGUAAUGAGGCCCAAAGGCAUGGCGUUAUUAUGGGGCGAGCACAGAUACUUCAAGCAGAAGGAGUGUAAGGACUCCACGAUAUGGAGGUGUUCUGAGUACGGCAAGAUGGGGUGCCUUGGCAGUGCCACCGUUAAAGAUGGGUGCGUGAUAAGAUGUAAAAGUCAUUCGUGUUCAGAAACGUCUUUCCCGAAUAUGGACCUGAAGGAUGAAGAAGAGAACCCUGAAGCCGAAACUUAGAUUAGCUAUUUAGCAGUAGAAGUCUUAAUUUCACAGGUCAUUAAUGUGGGAAACGGGAUUAUUCCCGUCUCUAUUUCCCACCACUGCCAUUCCUGUGUAGCUUGUACAUUGUACUGCGCCAUCUAAAACACAAAAAAAUCAUCAGGUCACUUAUGCCCGUUUUCACCAUCAAUCCCUAAUUUUUAAGUGACCCCCU